AUGGCGUCAACGCAGUUAACGGACGAGGAGCUUUACUCCGAAUUGAAGCGCUUGGGUUUCACUCCGGGUCCUGUUACCGAAUACACGAGGCCGGUUUAUUUGAAAAAACUUAAGAAGCUUCGCGAGGAGCACCAGCAAGGAGUUCGAUCCGCUAAAACCCGCAGCGGCGCUGCCGUCAACAGCGGCGGCGGCAACACGGCGGGAGCCAGGCCAUCUAGCCAUAACGUCACGCACCUGAGUUCCAGCAGGAGACCGGGCCGGAAGUCCACUGUCCUCGGCUUCAGCUCGGACGAGUCGGAUGCCGAAGCUCCACUGAAAAGGAAGGCUCUCAAUCAUAGCGACGAGGCGCCGUGGAGGAGCCCCGCUCUGAAGAUAAAGCUCGAUAAAGAGAAAAGUCGACAUGGCGCGGGGAGUCCACUGAACAGCAACAAUUCUACAUUGGCUCCGGGGGGUAACCGACGCGCCUCCUCGGGCUGGGGAUUCGCCGUUAAAUCGAGUCUCGAAGCGGAUGGACGGGAUUACGACGAAUCUGAAGACGAAUGUGAAGAGAAGUCCUCGCGUUCCUUAAACGGCAGUAGGGCGUCACACUUAAAAACACGCAAGCUAGCCGGGAAUUACUCUGACUCCGACGAAGAGGAGGAGGAGGAGGUUUGGGGCCCAGGGGGGGACCGAUCGCGCGGUAGUCUGGAGCCCAGACGGGGCCACGCGAAAGCGGCAUUCUUAGCACCGAACCCACCGGGGAGUCCAAACAUGAUGGACAGACGCAAGGAGGAGGAAGCGGGAGACGGCGCCAAGAGGAAGCCCAUCUACGUGUCGCUUUCGGAGAAUCACCGAGGAGAAGCAGAUAAAAACAACCACGCUGAUGGCGAGGACACCAGUCGCUUCAGCAUCGGGUUGAGGCCGCGAUUUUCCAGCUACAGCAGCCUAUCCCACACCUACAGGGGAAACCACUCCAACCACACCGCCCCCAACCACUCAUACAGCAAGCCCAUGAAGGAGAAGUUGUCAGCUGCACCGGAGGAUGAGCUUUUCCAGCAGUUUAAAAGGGAAGAGGUUGCCACCUCCAGCAGUUUUAGUGCCCACUACCUGUCCAUGUUCCUGCUCACAGCUGCCUGCCUCUUCUUCCUUCUGCUGGGCCUCAUGUACGUUAGGAUGCGGGGCACUGGGACAUCAGAAGUGGAUAGAGUCAUUAAGAGUCACCCUUUUGGGAGCGCGUUUGAAGCUACUCAUAACAAAACUGUUCGGGACCUCAUCUUGAAGCUGCUCCUCAAUCUCCAUGACCAUCUGGCACACAUUGCUGGACAACAUGAUUGUGGAGAUCAGCAAUACCCAAACAGAAGUCUGUCCAUAGAUGAGGUUUCUGAAUAUUUGACGGCUCAGAAUGAGAAGUUUGGAGAUUUAAUUUAUACGUCACUAGAAUGGAUCAUUCGGACAGGUCAAGAUGUCGGGAUAAGGCUGACCGGCCGGGUAGCUGACGAGCCCAUGACCGACAUUUCCGAAAUCGCUCGGCUCGAAUCCACGCAUCCGAGGAUGGCCUUCACGUGCCGCUUCCGUCGAGCUUUCCUCACCGUCAUCAGCAGAGUCCUCCUCGUAGCAGUCGCGGCUGGCGGCGUGUGGGGUCUGGUGUGUUACGUCAAAUAUCGCUGGAAGAGAGAAGAGGAGGAAACCAGGCAAAUGUAUCACAUGGUGGAGAGGAUCAUCGAUGUCCUAAGGAGCCAUAACGAAGCUUGUCAAGAGAAUCAAGAUCUUCAGCCGUACUUGCCCAUCCCACAUGUCAGAGACUCUCUGGUUCAGCCUCAGGAUCGGAAGAAACUGCAGAAAAUCUGGGAGCGCGCUGUGAAAUUUCUCUCGGCCAACGAAUCCAGAAUUCGAACGGAAAGCCAGAAAAUCGGGGGAUCCGACUUCCUCGUUUGGAGGUGGAUUCAGCCGUCUCUCAGUUGCGACAAGUCCUCGUUGAUCCCUUCCAAAGUUUGGCAGGGAAAAGCGUUCCCUCUCGAUCGACGGAAUUCUCCGCCGAAUAGCCUGACUCCGUGUCUGAAGAUCAGAAACAUGUUCGACCCAGUCAUGGAGGUCGGGGAGAACUGGGAUCUAGCGAUCCACGAGGCCAUCUUGGAGAAGUGCAGCGACAACAACGGCAUUGUCCAUAUUACGGUCGACAAGAACUCUCGAGAGGGUUGUGUGUAUGUGAAGUGCCUCUCUGCGGAGCACUCAGGGAAAGCCUUCAAGGCACUUCAUGGCUCUUGGUUUGAUGGGAAGCUAGUGACGGUGAAAUACCUGCGUUUGGACCGGUACCACCAGCGCUUCCCACAAGCUCAGUUCUGCAGCACACCCUUAAAGGCCUCCAGCCUCCACGUAAACGUUACGAACACUACAGCCAGCUCGCAGAACCACGGCUCGGCUAACUCCUCAGGCUUCUCAUGA